AUGUUCUCUACUGACGGCGACCUCAUCGAUUCCACAUCCGGCAAGAUCGAUUACUUUGAGGGUCAAUAUCUUUGGUAUGGGUUAAACUUUGGAUGUGGUAAAGCUUUCUGUGGAAUUGAGAGUUGGAGUUCAGUGGAUUUGGCUACUUGGUCCUCAAAUGGUUUCUUGUUCGAUCCGGCAGAAGAGGCCAUAGCUACACUAUGUGAAGAGGGCGGAGAGUGUGGACGACCACAUAUCGUUUACAAUCCUACAAGUUCGAAGUACAUCCUGUGGGUAAACGCUGGUAGCCCAGGCUAUAUAAUCUUUACGUCUUCCUCCCCAGCUUCGGGAUACGUGCUCGAACCUACUCGUGCCACAGUUGGAUAUCAACCACACCCCGAAACGGAUCAAGCAGGUGAUUUCUCGGUCGCUGUUAUCAAUGGAACCGGAUAUCUUGCAUACUCCUUGAUCGACUUCACAACCCUAGGUGCAUCAAUUUGGCCUCCAUUCAAACAAUCACUGUAUAUCCAACAACUUACAAAUGAUUUCAUGAACACGACUGGAAAUGCCACAAACAUUCUUCCUGUAGGAGAUCUUGUUGAUUAUCAAGCUGAAUCUCCAGAUAUCUUCUACCGCAAUGGAUACUACUAUGUAUCCGCAUCCAACACUUGUGGUUUCUGCCAAGGAACCCUUUUGAUCAUGUACCGAGCUAAGGAUAUUACGGGACCAUGGACUCGCCAAAUUAUCAGCAGUGACACAUGCGGUGGUCAAACUACUGCCGUUUUAACAAUCCCUUCUUCAACCGGAGGUGAUGCAGUGUACAUCCAUCAAGCCGAUAUUCAAGCUAGCGCACCACUUGCCGGUCCGAGAAACGCACAACAUGGUCGUCAGUUCCAAGUUCUCAAUUUCAAUUCAGAUGGUUCAAUCCAAGAUUUAAAUUGUUCUCCUUCCCUCACUACUACCGUCACACUUCCAGCCAGUAACAUUACUAUGAGUGGACUUGCAAAGGGUGCAGCUAUAGGUUCCGGAAAUGAUCACCAAGAUUAUUACCUCAAUUGCUCAUUGCCCAAACACAGCCUCUAUCAAACCUUCUCCCCAUCCAAUGCAGGAAACUUGACGUCUGUUGGAAUAAAUCUAGCUGGUGAUGCACCAACAGAUAAUGUCACAUUGACCGUAUUCCGCUACACAAAUGCCACUGCUCUCUUCUCCGCAUUUUACCGAUGGGAAACUCUUUCCACAAAAGGCGUAACUCCCGAAGAAUUGAAAGCAUCCCUCCAAAGCAUUUCAAUCCCCGUUGGAAAAGAAGUCGCCGCCGGUGAUAAUAUCGGUAUUGCGAUUACCAGCCUGGGAAUUACACCAGUUUGUGUAGCCAUGAGAGGAACAUCCAAAACAUAUGCUACUGCAUGGGCAGGACCUGCCGAUGGCGGGUUUGUACUUGCACAAGGAUUGGAGGAAAAGACUGUGAUUGGGGCCGGAUCUGGGGGAGUUUUGUAUAUUCAAGGUGCUAACCAGGUUAGUUUGAGGGGAAAGAAUGGAGACGAGGUUCCUAUAAAGGAACUUGAUGGAAGAGAACUUAAAUGGUAUGGGAUUAUUGAGUAG